GCGGCACCGCGAGGCUGAAGCGGGCCAGUGCCAGCCACUGCCGGACAGGACUGGCCCAGCCGGGCGGAGUGGGGGCCAGCAAGCUCCGCCCUCCUGUGACGCGACGCCGGAGCCGGGCUGAGCACGCCCUGUGGGCGCGGCUGGCUCUGCACCCUGCCGGAGGAGGAUGCUGUAACUUGCUGGAGCUGGACCUGGAGCCUGUGAUUGGUGGAGGCUGGGUGGGGGGAGGGGGUUGAUUUGGUGGGGGCCUGGAUUUGUUCUCUCUGACUUCUGGAUAUUUGGAUUCUGGCAUCCCAUUGCCCCUUGUCACUGAGUGGUAGUGAAAGGCCACCACCCUCCCUCUGAGCGGAGCCCCCCACUCAUCUCCACCUGCUCCCCGGCCUGCAAGGAAGGCACCGCACCCCAACCCCGCCUGCCCCUCCCUCCCCCCAUCCAGCCGCCUGCCCCCCCCCAUGAGGAUCUGAGGCUGUGGCAGUGGGGGGGCGGCGCCCAGCAUUUGCCUUGAGGGGGGGGCAGGGACAGAUGCGACUGGGCGCCAUGGCCAGACUGCUGCCCUUGGCGCUGCUCAUGGGUGCCCUGCUGGGCCCCGGGGCUGGCGGGGCAGCGCUGGAGUUUGGUGGCGCCACGGGGCAGUGGGCCCGCUAUGCCCGCUGGGACGCCAGCUCCUUGGGGGAGCUGAGCUUUAGCCUGAAGACAAACGUCUCGCGGGCGCUGGUGCUUUACCUGGACGACGGAGGGAACUGCGACUUCCUGGAGCUCAUGAUCGCUGACGGGCGCCUGCGCCUGCGUUUCACCAUCUCCUGUGCCGAGCCUGCCAAGCUGCACCUGGAGACGCCCGUGGGUGACGACCGCUGGCACAUGGUACUCCUGACCCGCAACUACCGGGAGACCAUGCUGGUGGUGGAUGGCGAGGCCAAGGUGGCCGAGGUCAAGUCCAAGCGGCGGGACAUGGCGGUGGAGAGCGACCUCUUUGUGGGGGGGAUCCCGCCCGACGUGCGCCUCUCGGCGCUUACCCUGAGCACCGUCAAGUACGAGGUGCCCUUCAAGGGGCUGGUGGCCAACCUCAAGGUGGGCGACACGCCGCCGGCCCUGCUGGGCAGCCAGGGCAUCCGCAGCGACACGGAGUACCUGUGCACCAAGCAGAAUCCCUGUGCCCACGGGGGGCUCUGCAGCGUGCUGAAUGGCGAGGUGCAGUGCGACUGCAGUAUGACCGGCUUCCAGGGCAAGUUCUGCAGCGAAGAAGAGCACACGAUGGAAGUAGGGUCCAUUCUGUACUCGGAAGGGGGGGAAGGGAGAGGAGCCAGUGAGGUGCAGCACACAUCGAAAGGGAAGGAGGAAUACGUGGCGACCUUCAAGGGCAACGAGUUCUUCUGCUACGACCUGUCCCACAACCCGAUCCAGAGCAGCACUGAUGAGAUCACACUGUCCUUCCGCACCCUGCAGCGCAAUGGCCUCAUGCUGCACACGGGGAAGUCGGCCGACUACGUCAACCUGUCACUCAAGAGCGGGGCUGUGUGGCUAGUCAUCAACCUGGGGUCGGGUGCCUUCGAGGCGCUGGUGGAGCCCGUCAAUGGCAAGUUCAAUGACAACAACUGGCAUGACAUCCGGGUGACCCGGAACCUGCGCCAGCACGCAGGAAUUGGACACGCUAUGGUGACCAUUUCCGUGGAUGGUAUCCUGACAACGACGGGCUACACACAGGAGGAUUAUACCAUGCUGGGCUCAGAUGACUUUUUCUACAUUGGGGGCAGCCCCAACACAGCUGACCUGCCGGGGUCCCCAGUCAGCAAUAACUUCAUGGGGUGCCUCAAGGAUGUCGUGUACAAGAACAAUGACUUCAAGCUGGAGCUGUCACGCCUGGCAAAGGAGGGCGACCCCAAGAUGAAGAUCAAUGGGGACUUGGUGUUCCGCUGUGAGAAUGUGGCAGCGCUGGACCCAGUCACCUUUGAGUCGCCCGAGGCCUACAUCUCCCUGCCCAAGUGGAACACCAAGAAGACUGGCUCCAUCUCCUUUGACUUCCGCACCACCGAGCCCAACGGGCUGCUGCUCUUCAGCCAUGGGCGCCUGCAGCCCCCGCGGGAGGGCCGUGCUGAGCGUCCACACAAGGCUGACUACUUUGCCAUGGAGCUGCUGGACGGCCACCUUUAUCUGCUGCUGGACAUGGGUUCUGGCGGCAUCAAGAUGCGGGCCAGCAACAAGAAGGUCAAUGACGGCGAGUGGUGCCACGUGGACUUCCAGCGUGAUGGGCGUAAAGGCUCCAUCUCAGUGAAUAGCCGCAGCAUACCGUUCCUGGCCAGUGGGGAGAGUGAGAUCCUGGACCUGGACAGUGAGAUGUACCUGGGGGGCCUUCCCGAGAAUCGGCUGGACUUGAUCCUACCCCCUGAGGUGUGGACUGCCUUCCUCAACUACGGCUAUGUGGGCUGCGUGCGGGACCUGUUCAUCGACGGCAAGAGCCGGGACGUGCGGCGCCUGGCCGAGGUGCAAAGUGUGCCCGGUGUCUCCAGCUUCUGCUCCCGGGAGACCCUCAAGCAGUGCAGCAGUGCACCCUGCCGCAAUGGGGGGGUCUGCCGUGAGGGCUGGAACCGCUUCGUCUGUGACUGCCUUGGCACUGGCUACCUGGGCAGAGUGUGCGAGAGAGAGGCCACAGUGCUGAGUUAUGAUGGCAGCAUGUACAUGAAGAUCAUGCUGCCGGGGGUGAUGCACACGGAGGCCGAGGACGUGUCCCUGCGGUUCAUGUCCCAGCGUGCCUAUGGCUUCAUGCUGGCCACCACCUCCAAGGAGUCGGCCGACACCCUGCGCCUCGAGCUUGACGGCGGGCAGAUGAAGCUUACCGUCAACCUAGACUGUGUCAGGAUAGGCUGUAACCCUAGUAAAGGCCCCGAGACCCUCUUCGCUGGCCACAAACUCAACGACAAUGAGUGGCACACAGUGCGGGUUGUGCGGCGCGGGAAGAGCCUGCAGCUCUCGGUGGAUAACGUCACCGUGGAAGCAGGGCAGAUGGCCGGCGCGCACACCCGCCUGGAGUUCCACAACAUCGAGACCGGCAUCAUGACAGAGCGCCGCUUCAUCUCCGUGGUGCCCUCCAACUUCAUCGGGCACCUGAGCAGCCUGGUGUUCAAUGGGCUGCCCUACAUGGACCUGUGCAAGAAUGGCGACAUCAGCUACUGCGAGCUCAAUGCCCGCUUUGGCCUGCGCAGCAUCAUUGCCGACCCCGUCACCUUCAAGAGCCGCGCCAGCUACCUGGCGCUGGCCACGCUGCAGGCCUAUGCCUCCAUGCACCUCUUCUUCCAGUUCAAAACCACCGCCACCGACGGCCUCAUCCUCUUCAACAGCGGCAAUGGCAACGACUUCAUCGUGGUGGAGCUGGUCAAGGGGUACAUCCACUAUGUCUUCGACCUGGGCAACGGGCCAUCGCUGAUGAAGGGGAACUCGGACAAGCCAGUUAAUGACAAUCAGUGGCACAAUGUAAUCGUGUCGCGUGACACCAGUAACGUCCACACGCUCAAGAUCGACUCCCGCACUGUCACCCAGCACUCCAACGGUGCCCGCAACCUGGACCUCAAGGGAGAGCUGUACAUCGGGGGGCUGAGCAAGAACAUGUUCAACAACCUGCCCAAGCUGGUGGCCUCGCGGGAUGGCUUCCAAGGCUGCCUGGCCUCCGUGGACCUCAACGGCCGCCUGCCCGACCUCAUCGCUGACGCCCUGCACCGGAUCGGGCAAGUCGAGAGGGGCUGCGAUGGGCCCAGCACCACGUGCACCGAGGACUCUUGCGCCAACCAGGGCGUCUGCCUGCAGCAGUGGGACGGCUACACGUGUGACUGCACCAUGACCUCGUAUGGUGGCCCCGUGUGCAACGACCCUGGCACUACAUACAUCUUUGGGAAGGGCGGGGCGCUUAUCACCUACACCUGGCCGCCCAACGACCGGCCCAGCACACGAGCCGACCGGCUGGCCGUGGGCUUCAGCACGCACCAGAAGAACGCCAUCCUGGUGCGGGUGGACAGCGCCUCCGGGCUGGGGGACUAUCUGCAGCUGCACAUAGACCAAGGCACAAUCGGGGUCAUCUUCAACGUGGGCACGGAUGACAUCACCAUUGAGGAGACCAAUGCCAUGGUGAAUGACGGCAAGUACCACGUGGUGCGCUUCACCCGGAGCGGGGGCAAUGCCACGCUGCAGGUGGACAACUGGCCCGUCAACGAGCGCUACCCAGCAGGUCGACAGCUGACAAUAUUUAACAGCCAGGCCGCCAUCAAGAUCGGAGGCCGGGAUCAGGGCCGCCCCUUCCAGGGCCAGAUCUCAGGGCUCUACUACAACGGGCUCAAGGUGCUGUCCCUGGCAGCCGAGAGCGACCCCAAUGUGUGGGUGGAGGGGAACCUCCGGUUGGUGGGUGAGGUGCCCUCCGUCAUGACCACCGAGACCACUGCCACCACCCUGCUGGCCGACAUGUCCACCACCAUCAUGGAGACCACCACCACCAUGGCCACCACCACCACGCGGCGCGGCCGCUCUCCCACCAUGCGUGACAGCAUCACCCAGAACACAGACGACCUGUUGGUGGCGUCAGCUGAGUGCCCCAGUGAUGAUGAGGAUCUGGAGGAGUGUGAGCCCAGCACAGGAGGUGAAUUAGUAUUGCCCAUAAUUACCGAAGAUUCCUUAGACACCCCACCAAUUGCCACCCGGUCUCCAUUCAUACCCCCGCCACCUACCUUUGGCCCCUUCCUAACCGUAAUAGAGACCACCAGAGACACCCUAGCCCCUUCCGCCAAUCAAAAACCCCCGUGCUUAGCCGACCAAGAGGACAGCGAUUGCGAAGAGGGCAUUGAGGCCUCCGGUUACGCCUCGGGCGAGGUCUUCGACUCCAGCCUGCCCCCUACUGAUGACGAAGAUUUUUACACCACAUUCCCCUUGGUCACAGAUAGGACCCUGCUGGCCAGGCCAGAUGGAGCAUCUAAAAAGUCCCAAGGCUUCAGGCCCAACAUUAGGACAGGAGUGCCAGCUUCAUCCUCAAUCCCUGAGCUCCUGACCUCCACUGCCUCUCCCGAUCUGGUCCGUAACAUCCCCGCCGGCAAAAUGAACAAUCGCGAGGCCCCCAAACCCCACCCAGACCAGUACCCCCCUCUGCCCACCUCUUUUGAACUCGACAACCGUAACAGGCAUAAGUACCCCAGUAUAACAUCUUCCCCCAAUUUCCACAAUCUACCCACAGCUAACCCCACCGGCUCGGGGGAGAGGGGUCCCCCGGGAGCCGUCGAGGUGAUCCGCGAAUCUAGCAGCACCACGGGGAUGGUGGUCGGCAUUGUGGCGGCGGCCGCCCUGUGCAUCCUCAUCCUCCUCUAUGCCAUGUACAAGUACCGAAACCGGGACGAAGGCUCUUACCAGGUGGAUCAGAGCCGGAACUACAUCAGCAACUCGGCACAGAGCAAUGGCACGGUGGUGAAGGAGAAACCCACCUCUGCCACCAAAACCCCCAGCAAGAGCAAGAAAAACAAGGACAAGGAGUAUUAUGUGUGAGUCUCCGCCCCCCCUGGCCCCGCCUCCCUCCUGUCCCUCUGGUGGCGAGCGCGAGAGAGACGAUCGCAAGGUGAGACCGGCUCAAAUCAUGCCAACCUUUGGAUACAAGAGACCAACGAAACCUCCCAGCCUUCCUUUCUCCUCCCUCUGCAUCACAGAGGCAACCAGUGGAUCCUGCCCCCCACCUCCACCCCACACUGGUUUCAAUUUGUUCAUUUCUCCCUUAUUUAAUUUUUCAGUUCAUCCUCAUAAAUUAAUAACAACACCCCAAAACCAAAAUCACGCUCGCUUCCCACCCCGGAUUCCUUCAGAUCUUGGGGGUUUGUUUAAUUUGUUUUCCUUUUAGCAAACGAAGUGGGGGAAAGAACAGGGCAGGGGGCGAUCAAAUCACACAUGCCAUGGUUAGAGGUUGGCACCGGAAAUAAGCAACCACUCGGAAAGAGAACAGAAAACGAGGAUCUGGGAGGGGUAGAUGGAUUGAUGAAGGCUUCGGAGCUCCCUAGAUAAAGCUGAGCCAGGAUUUUGCCUUCAAGAUAUAUAUAUAGAGAGAGAGGUGACAGCUGAUUCCCCCCCCUCUGUUAUCCCAGGAGGUUAGAUGCUUCCUCAUCCGGAUGAAACUUUGGGGUACAUCUCCCCACCCCUUUUAGACCCCUCGCCCAUGCCCUGUUUGGAAACAGACUAAUCCAAUUGGGAUACAAAAGAUUUGAUUUUUCUCUCAUAACUAUCGACAAAAUUACGACGCGGAGCAGGAUACAGCUGGAUCCAGAAAACUUGGCUGGGCAAAGAUUUUGGGGACGAAAAAUCGGUCUCUCUCGGAAUUAUUAUUAAAACAAUAAAAGGGGGGGUGUCUUUAAUUAUAACUGAUUUUUUUUCUCUCUCUUUGUUAAUGUGUCAGAGUCUUGGAAAUGUGUGGAGUAAACCGAACCGAAACAAACAAAAUCACGAACUCUCGGGAAAAUAAAAAUGAAUCCAUUAAUAACGAUGGUGGUAAAUAAAGCAGUUAACAUGGAUCUUGUCCAACUAUGGAACUGAUCGGCCAUUCGGCUCUCUGCUCUGUAGUAACAAAAGGGGGUGCUAUUCUCAAAAGGGUUAGAGUUGGGAUGGUGUUGGUUUUUGCUUAAGCAACAGCGACGGGAGCUGAGACUGGUUUGGGGGUACCUGCUCGGGAUGUGUGGGGGUGGGGGAGAUGGGAAAAUAUAUACAAUGUUUCUGUUUUGUUUUCAGGGGAUUGACGGCAUAAUUCCUUUUCCCCCAUGCCUCCUCCACUCCCAUCCCCUUUUCUCCAUGCCAAGGUGCUAUUGUGAUCAUCCUUUAAGUGUCUUCUCAGAGCAUGUCCUUAAAUUGUGUUGUUCUUUCAAGGUAUCUAGGACAGGGGGGUAAGCAGCUGUUGAUGGGAAUUUGCAAAUGAACGGAGUGGGUGGAGGCAUUGGACUAUUUCCUUCACCCAUACCUUCGCCCCUCACUGGGGGAAUUGGAAAGGCUUUUCAAAUGACUAUAUAUAAAGAGAGCUCUAUAUAUAUAUAAAAUAUAUAUAUAUAUAUAAAUAUAUAUAUUAUAUAACGUAUAUGUGUGGACAGUUUAACACAGAAGAAUCAAAGAGGGUUUGGAAGGACGUUUGAAAAGGAGCUAGAGACAAAAAAUCUCUCCCCGCCGUGUUACAGGUAGGAUCCCUCGAUGAUCUCUGGGCACGGCCACUAGAGACCAACUCCCAUCUUUGAUCCCGAUUCUGCAAGACUCCAGCCCAUCCUUCUGCAUGCGAACUGGCCGACAGGGCCGGCCCCUGCUUCCAGACAGGUCGGUGCCACAGGGCUUUGCUCUGUCAGGGGCUUUUCAGCUGGUUCCGAUGCAGCAACGCACUUCAGCACCUGCCUAGCUCAAAGCAUAGGGGUUGUCCGGUCAAAGCCAGUAGGGAAAGAGUCACAGAUUGCAAGGGAGACAUGGCAGAAUUUUGCCCAGAAGUUCCUGCACCCAGCCCAUGACUUGCGUCCCAAUGAAACCAUAUCUAUUGGACGAUAGAAAGCCCUCAAGGGAUGCAGAAUCCGCAUCCCUUGGGGAACGGCUCUAAAAUUUCAUUCCUCAUCUCCACCGUUAAAAACGUACAUCUUACUGGCGCCAGCUCCAGCCAUCAAAUCUCACUGUCCAUCUGCUAGAUCUAGCAGUAAACCCCUUUUCUCAGGGGCGGUAUCAGUGAAGCUAAGGGAGCUGUGCUGGAUUGGGGUUGGAGAACUCCAACCCUACCAGGCUCAUGCCCAUUGCUGGGAAGGGUGUAGGGAGGCGAGGAAUUUGGAUUGGAAUUCUUUAUUUCAGAGUGAUAGGAUGCAGGUGAAAUAGGCACUUCAAUUUCUCAAGCCUGGCAAAGUUAUUGCAAACUCCCCUCGCCUUCAAUGCUAAAAUGCCAAAAGGGGCUAGCAGCGAGCUGAAGAGAGGGUGAUAUAUCUGCCAUUGUAAGCUGUGAACUGAAAUCAUUUCAUAUUAAUUUUCAGGCUUUGAGGUGUGUUUUUUUUUUUUAAGAAAAGGCAUCACAUUUUGCAAAGUUUCCAGGGUAUUUAGGCUCCUAAAUUUUUGAAAAUGAAAUUUAGGCUCCUAAAUCUCUUAGGUGCUUUGAAGAAUGUUAGCGAAGGUGAAAUUUGGUGGACAUCUCUCAGCAUCUUAGACCACUGCAUGAGCUCAAGUUCUGUAUUUUUCUCUUACCAAAAAUCCCAACAUUUUUUUUAAAGACGCAGAUAAUUAUUGGAGUUUCGUUCAUUCCAAACUUCGCCACUGAAUGGAACUGUCUGCAGGGUGAAGGAGGGGGAUUUCUGUCCGUUUCUCUAGGAGUGUAAUGAACAUUAUCAACUGUAAAUUAAUUUGUACAUUAUUAAUAUUUUAUUUUUGUUUGGGGGAGGGGCUCGGGCGGAGAAAUGAAGGUUGCAAACUCUAUUUUAAAAAUAUGACACUCUGAUAAAUAUCCUCUUUUUAAAAUAUCGAGAGAGAGAUUGGUUUAUUUUACCAAUAGAAUUCCCAAUCUUUUUCCUUUACAGCAUUCCAGGUGGGGAGGAAAUAAAUUUUUAAUUCAUUCUUUUUGUAUCAGUUUUGGUUUAGUUUUUUUAAUGAACAGAAACCCCUUCCUGAUUGUUUUGGGGAAAAUACUCUGUGGUUCUGCAUAUUUACCCUGUAAACUUCCUGUACUCUUCAAUGUUACUGUAAAGUGUUACCAAUUAUGAUGAAGUCAAAAAAAACUUUCAACCCAUGUACAUUACCGCAAAGGGGAAUACAGUUGAUUCUAUACUUCGUA